CGCCGGGUGUGUGCGUUCGCGCGUGCGCGUGCGUGGUCCGAGUCCCGGUUCACGGAGUGGCUUGGAGAUGGCGGCGGCAGCAGCCGCGGCGGCAGAGCGGACUUCACCGGAGCCCGCACCUUCGGAACAAGCCGCGGAGCUGCCCGCGUCCGUGCGCGCGAGCAUCGAGCGGAAGCGGCAGCGGGCGCUGAUGCUGCGCCAGGCCCGGCUGGCAGCCCGGCCCUACCCCGCAGUGGGAGCGGCGGCGACCGGAGGUGUGGCUAAUGUAAAAGCAGCCCCCAAAAUAAUUGACACAGGAGGAGGCUUCAUUUUGGAAGAGGAAGAAAAAGAAGAACAAAAGAUUGCAAAUGUGAUUCAUCAGCCAGGGCCCGUCAUGGAAUUCGAUUACACAAUAUGUGAAGAAUGUGGGAAAGAAUUUAUGGAUUCUUACCUCAUGAAUCACUUUGAUUUGGCAACCUGUGAUAACUGCAGAGAUGCUGAUGAUAAACACAAGCUUAUAACAAAAACAGAAGCAAAGCAAGAAUACCUUCUGAAAGACUGUGAUUUGGAAAAAAGAGAACCAGCUCUGAAGUUCAUUGUGAAGAAGAAUCCUCAUCAUGCACAGUGGGGUGAUAUGAAGCUCUACCUAAAACUGCAGAUUGUGAAGAGGUCUCUCGAAGUUUGGGGGAGUCAGGAAGCACUGGAAGAAGCAAAGGAAGUGCGACAGGAAAACCGAGAAAAAAUGAAACAGAGGAAGUUCGAUAAGAAAGUGAAAGAAUUGCGGCGAGCAGUAAGAAGUAGUGUGUGGAAAAGAGAAACAGCUGUUCAUCAACAUGAGUAUGGACCAGAAGAAAACUUGGACGAUGACAUGUACCACAAAACCUGUAUUGUAUGUGGCCACGAACUGACAUAUGAAAAGAUGUGAUUUUCUUUUUAGAUCAGUGACCUUUUUUUAAACUGACUUUUAUACUUAAGGAAAACUUAAUUGUUUUACAUUGAGACUCACAAUGUGGGCUUACAAAUGAAACACUUUGUAGGUGAUUCUUCACCAGGUGUUCUUUCACCUUAAAUGCAGGUUUUAGUUAGGGUUCAGCUCGACUGGCUGAGGAAAGAGGUGGUGUCUGUGGGAGCCAAAUGGUAGAGAGAGGCAGCAGGUCAGAGCUCACUCUGAGGAACAAGCAAACCCUAGACUGGAGCAGGAGGUGAAGCUUCCAAUGAAGGCCAAAGCUGACUAAACUGGACACAACCCAUAAGGAUGGUGGUACAUUACUGUACCAGUCUCUAAGUCAGGUUUUUAGGAACUACUACUUUUAUUUUUGGUGCCAGUACUGGGACUUGAACUUAAGGCCCAUGCUUCCACUUCUAGCCUUUUGAUGGUUAACUGGACAUGAGUCUCUUGGAUUUGUCUGCUGGGCUGGUUUUGAAUCACGAUCCUCAGAGCCUCCAGCAGAGCCUCCUGCAUAGUAGCUAGGAUUAUAGUUAGUUGUGAACCACCAGCACCCAACUACUACUUCUUCCCUGAAGAGGGAGGAACCAUUGCUGGAAAAAAUGCUGAUGUACAUACAAUAGGAAUAAACAGUAAACCCUAGGAAUCCAAUCAUGUUUUCUGCACUCUCAGAGCCCGUUGCUAGAGGGUUUUAUAGACAGCUCUCUCUAAAACUAAGUUUAUUCAAAGUACUGCCAAGUGCCUUACAGGUAUUCUCAUUUAAUUUGGGGUGGGAGGGGGGAGGAGUUGGGGGGAGAGACAACUUCCUGUUUUCUUAUUUCACCCCAGACAUUUGGCAAAGUUUAAUAAGAUUUUCUCAAUCCUAUCAAAAAGGAUUACAAAAGUGCAGUUAAAGGAUCUAGGCAUCAUUAUUUUGAUGAAAUUCAAGUUGAAAUAGACAAAUUGUUGUUUGAUAUCAAUAUCUCUCCACUCCAAACAGGAAAAACAAGAAGUUUAUACAUUUACAUCUUUCUAGACUAGCCACUGGGAAUUAUACUUGGAGAAAACCCAAACUUAAACCAAGCCAAACUCAAGUAAUUAGGUUCUUGGGACUGUAUAAUUAAUUGUUUUGGAUAUAAAAGUUCAACACAGAAAUGGUCAAUGUAUUUUUCAAGCAGGUUUUUUUUUCAUGUGCUAUAAACAUUAAAACUCAGUAAAAAUGGACUUUGAA